AUGGGGGAUGGAGAUGAAAAUAAAGAAUGUGCCGUAAAGCAGUUAUGGACCAAGAGAAAAACCAAUACCAAUCGUGGACGAACUUUGAGUCCUAAAGAUCUCGAAAGAAAGCUAGAGACUCGCAAAAAAUUAUGCAGCCUACGUAAAAUUAUCAAGGAAAAUUCUUCAGGUUGUGAUAUUAAAUGGAGCCUUUUUGUUUCGGCAUGUAACAGUUACUUUUAUGAGGAAUCAGUAAAUCCUUUUCCUCCCGAAUAUGUUAGACGGCACACUGGUAAAGACAUCGAAGCAUUGUUACGAGUUAUAGGAGACACACCAUCUUUUUCGUUAAUUUUAGAGCAGAAAGGUGAUCGUUACAUAUGUCCUUUAAAAAGAUCGUCAAUUAGCAAUACCAAACCAAAUUUAAUUUUUCGAGUGCAGUACUCACAAAAUAGUGAAGAAGAGAAACGCUGGAAGUUAAUCGCUAAACGAACCCAAGCAGUACAUUUAUGCUACGGUAACAAACUAGAAUAUUUUUACACCGUACUUCACAAAGGUAUGAAAUUAGUAGUCAAUGAAUCAAGAUCUACUGAUUCUGGAGUAUAUCUUUCUAACGACAUUUGCGACGCCAUAGGCAAAAGUCCAACGGGAUUCGGUUGGGGUGGCAGCGCCUUUGGUGCUCGAUUAUGUUGCGUGGCCGUGUGCGAACUAGCCGAUCACGACCAAUUCAUGUGCUGUAUAAAAUAUCCCGAAAAUAAAGUAACCAAAGUUCCAUCUCAGAUAAUAAAGCAUUACAACGUACAUAGACCAGAUCUCGCACGUAUUAGGUAUCUUUUGAUAUAUCGCACCAACGAUAAUAAUGAGGAAGAUCAUGACGCUCAAUCUAAGAAGGGAAUGCUGAAUUGGAUGAAAAAUCAUAAGUUUGCAACGCUAAUGGUGUGUUAUAGUAUAUUAUUAGUGAGCACAGCUAUAACUGAUCUUUACUUUUUGUAA